UCUUGUUAUAGUUAUCAGUACCUAGAUUAUCGACCGUACGAAACGCAGAACUGACAAUCAAUCAAUACCUAUAUCACAAGUCAAAAGAGCAAGAUAUAAACAGAAACUACCGCCACCAUGUCUCCUCCCCGAACCCUUCCCACCAAGCCCCUCGGAAAAUCCGGCCCUCAAGUCCCUAGACUUGGAUUUGGCCUGAUGGGCAUGAGUGUCGCAUACGGCACCGUUGGCUCCGACGAAGAACGCUUCAAGAUCCUCGACAAAGCCUGGGCGCUCGGCGAAGUAUUCUGGGACACGGCGCUCAUCUACGGCGACAGCGAGGACCUCGUCGGCAAGUGGUUCAAGCUGCACCCGGAGCGGCGCGGCGACAUCUUCCUCGCCACGAAGUUUGCCCUCGAGUUCAGGGGCAUUGGUGAGAGCGGGGGGCCGAUUAUCGGCGUUGAUAGUUCGCCCGAAAAUUGCGUCGAUAGUUGCGAGCGGUCGUUGAAGCGGCUUGGUGUUGAUUAUGUCGAUUUGUUUUACUGCCAUAGGUUUGAUGAUGUGACGCCGGUCGAGAAGACGGUGGAGGCGAUGGUGCAGCUUAAGAAGGAGGGCAAGAUCAAGUAUCUCGGACUAUCCGAGUGCACGUCGAGCACACUGCGACGAGCUUACGCGAUCCAUCCGAUUACUGCCGUCCAGGUAGAGUACAGUCCCUGGACCCUGGACAUUGAAGACGAAGUCGGCACCAAUCUCCUUGCCACCUGCCGAGAACUAGGGGUUGCCGUGGUGGCCUACUCGCCCCUGGGCCGGGGGUUUCUAACCGGACGAUUUAAGUCGCUCGACGACUUCGAACCCACCGAUAUGCGCCGAGGCUACCCGAGAUACAGCCCAGAGAACUUCCCCAAGAACGUCGAGCUGGUCAAGAAAUUCGAAGAUGCCGCGAAGGCAAAAGGCUACACCUCCAGCCAACUGGUGCUGGCGUGGAUAUUGGCACAGGGCGAUGAUUUCUUCCCCAUCCCGGGAACUAAGUCGAUCAAGUAUCUGGAGGAAAACCUGGGCGGGUUGGAUGUCACGAUCUCCCCCGCAGAGGAUGCACAAAUCAGAGAUCUCAUCAAGACUAUUGGUGUCACUGGCAAACGAAGCAUAGCACUUGCGACGAUUCCAUCUUCGAUACUCCAGGAUACCGCCCCUUUGUCGUGAGUUUCGAUGAGCUAAGGGGGGAUUCAUCGUUGUACUUAUGGAAACCUGUCCCGAAAUGUAAAAAUUAAAUACUAAAUAGAAAGACUCAGCUCACAAGUUAAUAGACAGCGUGUUGCACUAGAAUUAUUAUAAAUUAGCCAGAUAGGCAGAAUUAGAACUUUGAGUAAGGCUGCUUAUGAUGUGAGAUUCGGCGCAGUAUCUUCGUAUUGCUCAUCGUAGUUUGAUCGUCGAAACGAGCUAUAU